AUGACUACUACUCCAGAUUGGAUCAUGAUUGGUGGGGAAGGUCCUGAGAGUUACAACCAACAGUCAUCGUAUCAGAGAGCGUUGCUGGAAGCGGCAAAGGACAAGAUAACCGAGGCGAUCUCAACGAACCUCAGCCUUGAUUUGAUUUCGAACCGGUUCAGUGUAGCAGAUUUCGGUUGCGCGAGUGGACCUAACACUUUUGUGGCAGUCCAGAACAUAAUAGAUGCGGUAGAAGAAAAGUACAGUAGAGAAGCCGGACAAAACCCCGCAGAUAACAUCGAGUUCCAAGUCCUCUUCAACGACUUUAGCCUCAACGAUUUCAACACUCUCUUCCAGACACUUCCUCCGGGGAGAAGAUACUAUAGCGUCGGGGUUCCUGGUUCCUUCUUCGGCCGUGUUCUUCCUAAGCAGAGUUUUCACAUCGGAGUCAUGAGUUACGCAUUCCAUUUCACCUCCAAAAUCCCCAAAGGGAUCAUGGACCGCGACUCUCCCUUGUGGAACAAAGACAUGCAGUGCACCGGGUUCAAUCCAACAGUCAAGAAAGCGUAUCUUGAUCAGUACUCUAUCGACACCAAGAAUCUUUUGGAUGCUAGAGCUGAAGAGCUUGUGCUCGGGGGAUUGAUGUUGCUUUUAGGAUCGUGUCUAAGAGACGGAGUUAAGAUGUCUGAGACUCCUAAAGGAAUAGUAAUGGAUUUUAUCGGAGAAUCUCUUAGUGAACUUGUUCAACAGGGUGUUACCGAGCAAGACAAGGUGGACACUUUCAAAACAUCAAUCUACUUUGCAGAACAAGGCGAGUUGAGGCAAAUCAUUGAGGAGAAUGGGAAGUUCACUAUUGAGGCUUUUGAGGAUAUCAUUCACUCUAACGGAGAGUUUCCGCUAGACCCCAAGAUAUUGGCCAUCUCCUUCAAGGCCUUCUAUGGAGCUUUCAUUUCCGCACAUUUUGGAACCGAAGUCAUGAGGAAAGCCUUUGAGCUUGUCGAAGUCAAGGCGCGCGAAGAGAUUUCUCGCCUCCAGAAUGCCAAACCCGGAAUGCAGUACCUCAUCGUGCUUCGCAAGAACUGA